AAGUUGUGAUAAUUGAUAUAGUUGUCCAAUAACUAUUCCAUUUGUUAAAACAGACGUAUCUUUUUUUUUUAAUAAAUUUGUUGGAGCGACUUGUCCCCUUUUCUUUUCUUUAGUGGAGAUUUGGUCCUUUGACUCAUUUUUCUCAUUCCAAAUGUUGGUUUACAACUUAUAAAGCAAGGCUUGUGGCUUCCAUACUAAUGUAAUUUGAAGCAACUAUUUGGGUAGCUUACAACAAAACACCAAGAAAAUCAUAAUCAACAAAAAACAGUUGAAUCCUACUCUUCCCAAGUUAUUCCAUAAUGGUGACUAAUCAAUUUCUGUUAUUAAAUUUCCUAAUUCAAUCAUCAAAUUGCAAACAUUCUUAGCAGUUUUUUUGCUAUUAUUACUACCUAAUAAGCUAACAAAUUUAACAAUAGCUUUUUUGGUUCUAUAUAAAUGCAAUAUGGGGUUUUCUUGAUUUUGUGUACUAAGACUUAUUAACCCCUUUUUCUUGUUAUCAAAAUGACAACUUUCUUGAAACCCCAUUUUAACUCCAAUUCCACUGAAGGUGAAAAAAAAGGUGGUAAUGGUGAAGUUGAGAGAAACCCUUCUAAAAUCCAUUGGUACUGUGCUGAAACAGGUGUAUAUACCAGCAAACACCCUUCUGUAAAAUUGCCAGAAGACCCUUUUCUUGAUGUUGUUUCCUUCAUUUUUUCUCAUAAACAUGGUGGGGUUUGUGCACUUGUGGACUCCAUAUCUGGUAUUUCAGUUUCUUAUGAAGAGCUUUAUCCUAUGGUUAAGUCUAUGGCUAGUGGUUUACACAAAAGGGGUGUUGUAAAAGGUGAUGUUGUUUUGAUUCUCCUUCCAAAUUCCAUUUAUUUUCCUGUUGUUUUGUUAGGUGCUUUGAUCAUUGGUGCUGUUGUAACUACUAUGAAUCCUUUAAGUAGUUUGUUAGAGAUAAAGAAGCAAGUUCUUGAUUGUGGUGUGAGUUUAGUAUUUACUUGUAGUGAUAAAGUUGAUAAGUUGUGUACUUUAGAUGUUCCUGUUAUAGGGGUCCCUGAAAUUUUGGUUUCUGGUUCAAAUGGUGGUGAAAGUUCUGUUUUUUAUGAGCUGGUUACAUGUCAUCCCAAUUGGGAUUUGAGGCCUAGAAUAAGUCAGCAAGAUACAGCAGUAAUUCUGUACUCCUCUGGUACUACGGGUGCGAGUAAAGGCGUUGUUUUGACUCAUGGGAAUUUGAUAGCAAUGGUGGAACUUUUUGUGAGGUUUGAAUCUUCUCAGUAUGAAUAUUUGAGUACUGAGAAUGUGUAUUUGGCGAUUGCGCCAAUGUUUCAUGUGUAUGGGCUUUCUCUGUUUGCGAUGGGGUUGUUGUCGUUGGGAACUACUAUCGUUGUUAUGAGAAAAUUUGAUGCUAAUGAGAUGGUGAAAGCUAUUGAAACAUAUGGCGUUACUCAUUUCCCCGCAGUCCCGCCUUUGCUAAUAGCAUUGACUAGAAAAGCAAAGGAUGGUGCUUCGAGCAAACUGAAGAGCUUGAAACAGGUUUCAUGCGGUGCAGCUCCCAUAACCACGAAAACCAUUGAAGACUUUGUUCACACUCUACCCAAUGUUGAUUUCAUUCAGGGAUAUGGCAUGACUGAGUCAACUGCUGUUGGAACACGUGGUUACAAUACUGAAAAGCUGCAUAAUUAUUCUUCGGUAGGACUUCUAGCUCCAAAUAUGCAAGCUAAAGUAGUGGAUUGGAUCACCGGUUCACCCUUACCUCCCAACAGCAUGGGUGAGCUCUGGCUUUGUGGACCUGGUGUAAUGAAAGGAUACUUGAAUAACUUAGAGUGUACUAAGUCUACGAUUGAUGACAAUGGUUGGCUCCACAGCGGUGAUAUUGCGUACUUUGAUGAAGAAGGAUAUCUUUAUGUCAUUGAUCGUCUGAAAGAGACUAUCAAAUACAAGGGCUUCCAGAUAGCUCCUGCUGAUUUAGAAUCUGUAUUAGUCUCACAUCCAGAUAUCAUUGAUGCUGCAGUAAUAGGGGCCAGAGAUGAGGAAGCUGGAGAAAUUCCAGUUGCAUUUGUCGCCAAGAGAGAUGGGUGUGCACUUUCCCAAACAGAUGUAAUCGACUUUGUUUCUAAGCAGGUUGCACCAUACAAGAAGAUUAGAAAAGUUUACUUCGGAGCUUGGAUACCAAGAUCUGCAGCUGGAAAGAUUCUUAGAAAAGAGUUGAGGAACUUCUUAACUUCCAAAUUAUAGAGCCUCUCCAUCAACUGUUGAGCUCUGGAGUUCGCGCACCCUUGAUACAUAGAAGGAACUAGUAGUAGAUGAAGAUACUUUUUUCUGUUUUCUUGUAGAUGCAACUACAUGUACAACUCUAACUCUGUUGGGAGCGCUUACCCCCAAUGGAGCCUUACGCGGCACGAAUCCGGAUUAGUCGGACUCCAAUAUGGGUAUCGAACACCGGAUGAGAAACCAAAAAAAAAUAAAAAAAAUACAUGUACAACUCUUGAUCAGUCA